UUAGGUUACCUCACUUUGCUAGCUACAUUUUUUCAGCUCACAAGAUUUAAAAGUUAGAUUUGAAAGUGUUACCAAGAGAAUUUAGAGUUUGGAGGAGCGGUUUAAUCAGAUCCUGCUGGAGAUGGAUGGCUCUCUGGCUGCUCGGGACAGAGUGGGCAUCCAGGACUUUGUUCUGCUGGAUGACUGCACCUGCAUAACAGCCUUCAUGGAAAACCUGGAAAAACGCUUUAAUGCAGACCUCAUAUAUACGUAUAUUGGAACGCUCCUGGUCUCUGUUAACCCCUACAGGGAGUUGGACAUAUAUACCAGAAAGAAAAUGGACUUAUACAUGGGUGUCAACUUUUUUGAGCUGCCACCUCAUAUCUUUGCCCUUGCUGACAAUGUGUAUCGCACCAUGAUCAGCGAAAUCAACAACCAUUUCAUCCUUAUUUCUGGAGAGAGUGGAGCCGGCAAAACAGAGGCUUCUAAAAAAAUCCUGCAGUUCUAUGCAGUCAGCUGCGUUCGUACUGAAGUGUUGGACAUUGUGAGGGAUCGUCUACUUCUCUCCAACCCUGUGCUGGAGGCUUUUGGAAAUGCCAAAACACUGAAAAAUGAUAAUUCUAGUCGCUUUGGAAAAUACAUGGACAUCCAGUUUGAUCACCAGGGAGCUGCUGUUGGUGGACACAUCUUGAGCUAUCUACUGGAGAAGUCCAGAGUGGUCCACCAAAACCAUGGCGAGAGAAACUUCCAUAUAUUCUAUCAGUUAGUUGAGGGAGGGGAAGAUGAACUUUUACAUCGGCUUGGUCUGGAACGAAACUCUGAGAAUUAUAUGUACCUAGUUGAGGGAGAAUGUGUCCAAGUGGGCUCCAUCAAUGACCAGAGUGACUGGAAAACAGUUCGGAAAGCUCUGACAGUGAUUGACUUCAGUGAGAGAGAUAUAGAGCAUUUGUUUGCAGUAAUUGCCAGUGUCCUCCACCUUGGAAACAUCCACUUUGAAGCUUCCAGAGGUUAUGCCACUCUGAAUAGUUCUGAAGAGAUACACUGGCUUUCUAAGUUGCUGGGUAUUUCUGCCAAUUUGUUACAGGAGGCUUUAACACAUCGAAAAAUUGAGGCCAAAGGAGAAGAGGUUCUAAGUCCCUUUACAGUUGAUCAUGCAAAAUAUGCCAGGGAUGCAUUAGCCAAAGCCGUCUAUGGCCGCACAUUCACAUGGCUGGUCAAUAAGACAAACGAGUCAUUGGAAAACAAGGACUCAAGCAGGAAGACAGUGAUCGGCCUUCUCGACAUCUAUGGAUUUGAGGUGUUUGAUGUGAACAGUUUUGAGCAGUUCUGCAUAAAUUACUGCAAUGAGAAACUCCAACAGCUUUUCAUCCAGCUCACCAUUAAAUCAGAGCAGGAGGAGUACGAGAUGGAGGGCAUAGAGUGGCAGCCAGUUCCAUUCUUUAACAACAAGAUCAUCUGUGACCUGGUGGAGGAGAAACACAGAGGCAUCAUUUCAGUGCUGGAUGAAGAGUGUCUGCGUCCAGGAGAGCCCACAGACCUCACUUUCCUGGAGAAGCUAGAAGAGAAGUUGGCUGGACAUCCACAUUUUGUCACGCACAUGCUGGCUGACCAAAAGACACGAAAGACUCUGGGCCGAGGGGAAUUCCGCCUGAUGCAUUACGCUGGUGAGGUCACCUACAGUGUGACUGGAUUUGUUGACAAGAAUAAUGAUCUCCUGUACAGAAAUAUUAAAGAUGUGAUGCGUCAGUCUAAGAACCCCAUUAUACAGCAGUGUUUCCCCUCCAGCGAACCAGACAGCAAGAAAAGGCCUGAAACGGUGGCCACCCAGUUUAAAAACAACCUGUUCAGCCUGACGCAAAUCCUCAUGUCUAAGGAGCCGUGGUACGUGCGCUGCCUGAAACCCAACAAUGACAAGCGUCCGGGUCACUUUGAUGACGUCUUGGUGAGACACCAGGUGAAAUACCUGGCGCUGAUGGAGCACCUGAGGGUCAGACGUGCUGGAUUUGCUUACCGCAGGAGAUAUGAGGUCUUUCUCAAAAGGUAUAAACCUCUAUGUCCAGACACGUGGCCCAAUUGGAAAGGAACAGCAGCUGAAGGUGUGGAACUGCUUGUCAAGCAUCUGGGUUACAGGCCAAGCGAGUACAAGAUGGGCAGGAGCAAAAUCUUUAUUCGCCAUCCCCGGACACUCUUUGCCACUGAAGAUGCCUUUGACAUCUGUAGACAUGAACUGGCUACAAGAAUCCAAGCUAAAUACAAAGGAUACAGAACAAAAGGGGACUACCUGAAACAAAAGGAAGCAGCUACUAAGAUUGAAGCUUGCUGGCGAGGUCUACAGGCAAGAAAAGAGCGUGAGAGGAGGGCCUGGGCUGUCAAAGUCAUCAAGAAAUUCAUCAAAGGGUUCAUGAACAGGAAUCAGCCUGUUAGCAUGGAUAACUCAGAGUAUCUGGCUUUCGUUCGGCAAAGCUACCUCACACGCCUCAGGGAGAAUCUGCCCACAUCCGUGCUGGACAGAACGUCCUGGCUGACACCACCACCCAUCAUGCAGGAGGCCUCUGUGAUCCUGCAGAAGGUAUACACACGGCACUUGGUGCGGAAGUACGUGCGAGGGAUCACUGCACAGCGGAAAGCACAGCUACAAAUGAAAGCACUGAUCAGCGACAUUUUCAAAGGGAAAAAAGAAAACUAUCCCCAGAGCGUGCACCAGCCUUUUGCUGACACGAGGAUAAGUGAGAAGGAUAUAAACAUACGUGUGCUGCAGGUGAUGUGCCCCGAGGGCAUCAAGUACAGUGUUCCAGUGAUAAAGUACGACAGGAAUGGCUUUCGUCCUCGAUUCAGACAGCUUGUUCUCACCCAGAAAGCUGCUUACUUGGUGGAGGAGGCCAAAAUCAAACAGAGAGUGGAAUACAGCUCACUGAAAGGUGUGUCUGUCAGCAACCUGAGUGACAACUUCCUCAUUUUUCAUGUCACAUGUGAAGACAUUAAGCAGAAAGGUGACCUGGUCCUUCAGUGCAGCUACCUUUUUGAGGCUUUGACUAAACUGUGUCUAGUGAUGAAAAACCACAAAUUUAUCAAAGUGGUUGAUGGGAGUGUGAGGUUUGACAUCCAGCCAGGCAGAGAAGGAGUGAUAGAUUUCAAGAGCAGCAGUGAAUCGAUGGUGUACAGGGCAAAGAAUGGACACUUAAUAGUGGAAUCCGCUCAGAUGAAAUCUCGAUGUUGACUUCUAAAAACCGGAUAUUUGAACUCACCACAAACUGACUAAAUUAAAGGACAGAUUUGUGAAUUGCAUAAAUACGUUAGAAAAUGUUAUGACAUGUAGCUGCUUUGACUUUGUAGUAGAAUGCUUAGUUGAGUAAGUCACUUAAUCCAGUAUGGAAGAUUAUUGCCACAUUGACCCCAUUGAUUACUUUACAACAAAAGUACUCUAGAAUGCACUAUAUGUUCAUUUGAUGCACACAGCCAUUAUAGUAUAUUGCAUUCCAGUACAAAAAAUGGAAAAAGUAAGUGGAAAAUACGUAAAAAAGGGUACUUUGUUACUAUUCUUAGGUAUUACUUAGAAGAUAUAUACCAGUACUACUUAGUAAUAUAAGAAGUUGGUCAGUCGUUUACAUUUACUUAUCAUGAACUUUAAUGUCAUGGCAAUAUUGGAGCUUUCAUUGCCUUUGUUGAACUGUGUAUACUCGUCACCUUUAAUAAUAAAAAAAUAUUUGGUGCACAAAUGUACAUUUUCAAAGGUUUUUCAGAAAUCAGUACAGUGUCAAAAGUAUCCAUAGAGUUUUAGAAAUGUACAAAGACCCACUCAGAUUUUUAACUCCUGCUUAGUGGUGCUGAUGUUUUUGAAUGCCUUUUAACUUGCCAAAGCCAAGGCCUCCCUGUACUUCCUCUUAGUCAUCAUGAUUAAUUACAACUGGUAGCUUCUCAGUGUCCAAAUUAAAAGGGUUUGUUUAAGAUCAAAUGUUCAUUGAGAAGGCAGCUCAGUGUAUAUCAGAAGGGUACUCAUAUAUUUACAAAAUCCAGACGUUUCUGUCAGAUUCCAUUAUUAUCAGUUCAAAGAACUAUACGUUAUUAGUUCAGGUAAUUGAGAGUCACAGCUAUUGGGAGGUUCCAUAUUGGCCCCACAUACAGAUAUCAGUCAUGGGCCCCAUCAGAGUCAGGGAUAGGACCAGGGGCGAUUAACAUGGACUGCACAUAUAACCUUAAUGGGACCCAUGUAAGAUUAAGGUGGGCUGUAACAAUGAGACCUAUUUAUCAAAGUCCCAGUAACAACCCAUGCAAAAACCCACUAAAAGCCCAUGCCCAUCUGAAACCCACCUAGCCCAUGUUCCAAAAGUGUGAGCCCCAAUCUUCAUUUCAUCACAGAGGUAUUGUAUGGAGCCCCAUUACUCUAACAAGUGAGUCUUACUGUAGUUACAAUAUUAUGCAAUAUGGGCUAUAUGGUAUUCUGGGGAAGUAAAGUGGGUAAAUGAGGGUGAUAAAAAGAUUUGGCCGUUUUAGUUGGCAAACCCAGUGGGUGUGGCCUGAGAGGAAUGAAGGUUAGCAGGGUUGUGCUGAGAGCAGCUGGUCUGAAUCCUCUUGGCUCACACCCUGUGGGUGCCAGCUAUACCCAUGCUGGCAGCAGAGUAAGCUAGAGGCUGUGGGCAGCCCGUGCCCACCCAACAGGCCUAUUGAGAGGCAGUCUGAUGGAUACAAAUGCGAGCG